AUGGUCGGCGGUGGUGAAAGAGGUAACGGCGGCGGAGGAGGAAAAGAAGGUGACUGGGAGUGCGGCGGAUGCCGCAACCGGAACUAUGCUUUUAGAUCCUUUUGCAACCGUUGCAAGCAGCCCCGCCUUCUCGUUGACACCAAAACGCCCGCCGAUUCGAAGUGGCUUCCCCGAAUCGGUGACUGGAUCUGCACUGGUUGCACUAACAACAAUUAUGCCUCAAGAGAAAAGUGCAAAAAGUGUGGCCAACCUAAGGAGCUAGCAGCAAUGCCAGCAGUUGCGAUCCCCGGAGCUUCUGUCUCUACUCAUCCAACUUAUUUUGCCAGGGCUCAAGGAAGAAUGGAACAAUUACUGAACGUUGGAUCUUUCCAAUCAUCAAUGUCUUUGGGCUCCAGCUGGCUUGGUGGAGCAGCUGGUCAAUACAGGAGUCUUGCUACUGAUCCAUAUGGACUUCAACAAUCAUCUAAUUGGGCCUUAGGAGAUGGAGGUAUAUCAGGAAUUUCAUAUGCUGGCCACAUGAAUCAACUUCCUGCUGUUCUAAAUGGUAAUGAAUGGCGUUCUGGGGAUUGGUUGUGCACAUGUGGCUUCCACAAUUAUUCUUCUCGUUUGGAGUGCAAAAAGUGCAAUGCCCCUUCGACAAUAUCAGCACCGGCAUCUCUUCUUAAUCCCUCAGUCGCAGCUCUUGGAACUAAACGCUUGGCAUCCGAAGAAUUUGUUAACAACUGGGAUAAUAAGAGACUGAAUGCAGGACAAGCGUAUGGGCUGGAGCAACAAUGUACAGGUUUACAGUCUACCCCAAAUUCUGGAGAUAGUAAAUUAAAUAAUAUAUACCCAGCCACUCGGAGUGAAAACACAGUUAUCCCUCAGAAUUGGCAAGUCAACCCUCAAGUACCACGUGUACAAGCAAUGCAUGCACUCCUUGGAAAAGGAGCAAAGCAAUGGCGUGAUGGGGAUUGGAUGUGCUCAAAUUGUAAUAAUCACAAUUAUGCCUCUCGAGCAGAAUGUAAUAGGUGCAAAACUCAGAGAGAGGUGCCAGCCCAACCUGUGAGUGUUGCUUAG